AUGGCGUCUCUACUUAACCUCAUAAACAGGCUGCUGCCGUUUGCCACUCCCGGGACACCCAUCAUGCAGGAUUUGAUACAUCUGGGCGUGAUUGCCACUCUACUUUACUUUGCGCCACAGAUACAAGAGCGGUUCCGACAGCACAGGGAUGAUGAAGUUGCAGAUACGGUGCUCGAGGAUGAAACUCACCAGGAGGAACCACAGCAGCAUGUCAAUGAAGAAGCGGGAAAUCAAGACCAUGACCACAUAGCCGAUGAAGGGAACGCAAACCAGGAUGCCAUGCCAGAUCUGGAUAUACCCGGGCAUCCUGUCGAGGGAGAAGCUGGUCCUGCAGACGCACCAAAUAUGCCCGCUCAGCGAAAUGUCGGUGCCAAGAAGUCCAAAUCGCUAGCUAGAAAAGACCAACGGCGUGCGUACAAUGAGUUUAUGCGAUCACAAGGCGAGGCUCAGCGAGCACGAGAUGCAGAAGGUGCAGCAGAACGAGAAGCCGAACAGAAUGCUGAGCGUGAAAGGCGAAGAGCAGCAGCAGCAGUUGUUGAAGCCAAGAAGGCCAAGGAACGGGAGGAGAGGAAGGAGCGGGAACGUACAGCGCACGAGAAYGAGAUCAAUCGCAGAGAUGAGGUCUUGGGAAUGGUGAGGAGAGAGUUGGACGAAUCCGGCACUUCCAACUUGAUAGAUGUUGCUGGGAGAAUGGGCGGCGAUGCAGAUGAAAUAUGGGUAGAGAGGAUCCUAAAUGCCGGCGGGGUUCUAGGCUGGAGUCCGGACGGCGAACGACUCACUCUGGUACUGAGUACUGGAUGGGUCGCCAGGGUCGGUCGUCGCGAUAUGCAGCAAGUGUACAAGCGAGCUGCAAGUACGGGAGCGGCGGAUUCGAAGGGYAGGAUUAGCUAUGGAGAAUUUGGGAGACUACUAGAGGUUGUGCUGAGGGAACAACCACACAUCUAA